AUGUCAGAUAACUACAACUGGAGGGCUGUCCACCCAGUCUACGGAGUACCCAUUGCCGUCGUGGAAGCCACUGAGCAACCUGUUAUCCGCUGCGACGUUCGUCAGAAGGACAAUCUUCCUUCUAGAUCAUGGGCAGUUCGUAUUUCUACAUGGAUCAACACUAACUAUUUCUUAUGGUCUUUGUGCGCUGGUCUUGCCGACUAUCGCUCUGACGAUGAGUGGACGAAUACCUUCGACACCCAGUAUCGGACGACCUGGGAUGAGAUCCAGGCUAGAGUCCAGGAGAUCGAUGGACCUUAUAAGUUCGGUAUACCCAUUCCGAUGCCCCCAUUCACGAAGGCUGUAGUUAUCCAUCACCCCGAGAGCGGCCCUGAGGAGACAUUCACGGUUGGUGCCGAGGCUCGCCCCUCCCAUCUUGUCCCUCGGGUGACUAGGAUGCGUCGGGAUGCAGUAUGGGGCCUCUUGCGCUUUGUGACUGAACGUCAGUCCCCUGUGUCUGAUCAAUUUGACGUAGUUCUCGAUAUGUCAUCGCCACAGCCGUCGCGCCCUGUAGGUACACGGAAUGGUCAGAGCGCGGCUAGAAAGCGUGUAUCUCAAGAUAACUCGAAGGAUGAGGUGAUAGACACAUACUACCAGUUUAGGAAUUGA